GUGUUGCGAGUGCAGUUUCUCCUGUGCGGGCAAGGGAAGAUGUAACGUCGGCUGCCUCAUCUACUGAUAUGUCGUGGACGAGGUGGUCCACCACGUCCCAAGAGCAAGAAGUAGACCAGGUUUAUGCAGAAGCAGUACCAGCGCGACGAGCCAAAAAUUCGAGCAGUAGUGAUUUUCCUCCUCCACCACCGAUCCCCCGGGCGGAGGAAGAAGUUUUGGUUCUGCUACUAACCCAGGAGCUAAAGAAGCUGUUCCACUGCAAAGCAAUUCCUAUGUACGUGCAAAUUAUUUAUGAUGUCUGGGUCUGGAUGGUUUAGCACCCAAUUUAUAUGUUGCGCAAGUGAUAGUAUAAGUAGUAGUAGUUAGUUUCACCGGUGGACAUAUUAGCAUGUUUUAAUCUCUCUCUACAUCGUGCAUCCACGUAGUUCUCUUUUAUUUUCUUUCUUCAAAAAGUUCAAGUCGUUCUCUUCCCUGUGCUGUACCAAGGUCUUGUUUCCAGACAAAACACCAGACAUAUUUGCAAUGCAUAGUUACCACUUGCUCAUCUACUGCGGAGCAAGUUCAUCUUCCGGAAGAUGAAGAGAGUCUUCACGCCCGGCCAUGGCCAUGUCGGGGGAAGAAGCAGAAGAGAAGAACAAGUGGACGACCUUAUUCGGAGUAAAAACAUCCCCACCCCAGAGUUGUAAUGCAAAUCUGCAUGCUGAAAAUGUUUCUCAUGCGGAGCCCCAUGAGAUGCAUUUUCUCGUCGUGUUUUGCAAUUUGUCAUGCUCCAAUCGGCAUGGUAUGCUAGAUCUGUGAUGCUGCUGAGCUACCUCAAACAGUACUACACUACGAAUCCAAAUUUGUCAUGCAAAACAGCCAAAACUUGUGGAUUUGUCUAGCCGAUUCCCCAUCUUGACUAUGGUGUGGGUACGUUUUUGCUCAGGAUAGACCUGCGCCAGAACAACAAGAAGAACUUAUCCUGAGUAAAAAUGUCCCCACACCAGAGUCAAGAUGGGAAAUACGCUAGACAAAUCCAUAAGCUUUGGCUGUUUCGCAUGACAAAUUUGGACGCGUCUUGUAGUGCUGUUUGAGCUAGCUAAGCAGCAUUACAGAUCUAGUAUCUCAUUCUGAUUGGCGCAUUACAGAUUUCCAAACCGCAUCAGAGAAUGCUUCUCAUGCGGCUCCGCAUGAGAAACAUUUUAAGCAUGCGGAGUAGCAUGACAACUAUGGUGUGGGUACGUUUUUACACAGGAUAGAACUGGAGGCGGCACAAGACGUUGCAGCGAAGAAGCGGGAACGGAAAAUGGAAGUUCUACUCGAGCCGCUUGCGCG